CCCAAGCAUCCCAAUUCCCAAGGUCCCCAAUGCAAGUCCCACACAGGACCCACAAUUCGGUCGUAAGCUCUGUCAUUCGGAAAAAGGGCGAAGCGUUUUUGCGAUCGGUUUCGAAAGGGUCGAUCCAUGAAAAAAUUCGCGGGAAAUUCGCGAUACGGCACUGACCGUGACGGGGAGCAAGCUGGAAAAGGAAGCAGCGGUAGCUGGGGUCGUGGUGGUAGGGCGUCGCGACGCUUUGGUGAGGGUAGCAACAGAGACGGGAGGAAUCACGUGCGCGCGCGCGCGCUCGCCAAAGAGGGAAAACCGGAGAGAUACAGGGGGUGAAAAUCAGUGAGGGUGGUUUCGGCCGGCCGGUCAGUCGUGCUGUGGCGACAACCACGUUGGUUAGUCGCUUCACCGUGAUGUUGCCAAACAACCCCCUCGAGUAUCCGUUGGACACCUCGAGGACGGAUCCACGGAACGGAUGAACUGAUCGACGUAUCAGGUCGAUGAGGAGGUGGACAUCUUUGUGUCUCCGCUGUUUAAUUCGCCGUGAUCGAGUUAGUGGGAUCGUCCGCCUGUCCAGACACGGUCCGGGUGCAGCGAAGAUACCUGUCCAAACGCGAGCACGAGGACACUUCGCCCUGGAGCCUUGGCACCUGCGAACACGUGCAGGUCGGGCAUCGAUCGAGGGCACAAGUGGUUCCGUUGGUCGUCGACUGGCCUAAUCGCGUGGACCGCUUAGGGAUCGUCGAGUUGUCUCAUUCGAGGAUCAUCCUGCGGGCUGAAAUCGAGCGGAGAUAAACGGGGACAUCGGACCGUCGAGUCGUCCUGGGCUGAAGACUCGAGAUGCUCGAGGGCACGAUGGACGGGGCUGCCAUCCGGAGGAGUCGCGUCGCCGAUAAUGCAUCCGAGGAACGCGGGAACAGAUAACUUUGUCGUCUGAUCCCCGGAGGCUGCGUUAGCUGCUAGAAUCGUCUCUGGAAAUGGACGAGCAUGGUCGUGGACGCGGCUGGUCCAGAUAGCCACGGAUGGCCUAAUCGACGACCUAAUUAUUUUCUACGACCAACGGCGAUCCCCACACCCUAGGUGCCGGUAGAGUCCUCUCGGUCUAAGACCCAACCCCCGUUAGACACCGAACGAAGCCUAAUCGAAGAAGCGGCAUAAAAUGCGAUCUUCGUCGUACGAGUCCUUGUAGCUAGACAACUCGGCUAAAAUGAGCCACCCUCUCGGCCGAUUGCUGUUGCUGCUGUUGUCGCUGCAGCAGCUCUCGGUGAUCAUCCAGUCCAAGGUGCACACCGAGCGGGAGGCCGUCCUGAUACCCGGGGACAUAGUUCUGGGCGGUUUGUUCCCGGUGCACGAAAAGGGCGGCUCCUCCUGCGGCCCCAGCGUCUACAACCGAGGCGUUCAACGUCUGGAGGCGAUGCUGUUCGCCAUCGAUCAGAUCAACACGAACAAGACGAUACUCCCGGGCAUCACUCUGGGCGUUCACAUAUUGGACACCUGCGGGAGGGACACCUACGCUCUCAAUCAGAGCCUGCACUUCGUCAGGGCGUCCUUGUCUAAUUUGGACAUCAGCGUGCUGGAGUGCGCGGACAAGUCCGUGCCGAGAGUGAAGAAGACCGCCACUGCCGGACCCAUCUUCGGGGUCAUCGGCGGAUCCUACAGCUCCGUGUCUCUUCAGGUGGCCAACCUUCUCAGGCUGUUCCACAUACCGCAGAUCUCGCCUGCGUCCACUGCCAAGGCACUCAGCGAUAAAACCAGGUUCGACUACUUCGCGAGGACGGUGCCUCCGGACACCUUCCAAUCGAUCGCGCUGGUGGACGUGGUGAAGAGCGCGAACUGGUCGUACGUGUCGACCGUGUACUCGGAGGGCAGCUACGGGGAGUACGGUAUCGAGGUGUUCACCAGGGAGGCGACGGAGCGGAACGUGUGCAUAGCUGCCGCCGUGAAGGUGCCCAGCGCUGCGGACGACCGGGUGUUCGACGACAUCAUUCUGAGAUUGAGCAAGAAGCCGAACGCCAGAACGGUGGUGCUAUUCACCCGAGCGGAGGACGCCAGGGGGAUUCUGGAGGCGGCGAGGAGAUCCAACCUGAGUCAGCCGUUUCAAUGGCUGGCCAGCGACGGCUGGGGUCGGCAGCUGAAGCUGGUGGAGGGUUUGGAGGACGAGGCGGAGGGAGCGAUAACGGUUGAGCUUCAAUCGAAGAACAUACCGGGCUUCGACGAGUACAUGGCCUCCUUGACGCCCGAGACGAAUCGGAGGAACCCGUGGUUCAGCGAGUACUGGGAGGAGGUGUUCAGCUGCGUGCUUAGGAAGAACCUUAUGGGCAAUCCGAACGCCACCGUGUGCUCGCCUAAGCUUAGGCUAACCACGUCCACGGGCUACGAGCAGGAGUCCAAGGUGCAGUUCGUGGUGGACGCCGUGUACGCGUUCGCCUUUGCCCUCAACAACCUCCAGCGGGACAUGUGCGUGAAAAGCGAGGGCCUCUGCUCCUCCAUGGCCAACUACGACCGCGGAGCCUUCUACAGGAAUUACCUGCUGAACGUGUCCUUUACAGAUCUAGCCGGCAGCGAGGUGAAGUUCGACGAGCACGGAGACGGCCUGGCACGCUACGAGAUCCUCAACUUCCGGAAAUCGGACCAAAACGUUACUAAUGGAUACCACUAUCGGGUGGUAGGUAAAUGGUUCAACUCCCUGGACAUCCACACGGAGGAGCUGGUGUGGUCGCGGGGCACAAAGGACAUACCGAUCUCCGCGUGUUCCCUGCCCUGCGAGCCAGGUAUGAUAAAGAAGCAACAGGGUGACACUUGUUGCUGGGUGUGCGACCAGUGCGAGGAGUACGAGUUCGUCUACGACGAGUACACCUGCGUGGACUGUGGGCCGGGUUACUGGCCGCACGAGGACAAGCGGGGUUGCUACCAGCUGCCCAUCAACCACAUCAGAUGGAACAGCGCUUUCGCGAUCGUUCCAGCGGUGAUUUCGUGCCUUGGGAUCGUGGCCACACUGACGGUCGCGUGUCUGCUGUUCCACCACAGGGACACGCCCGUGGUCAGAGCGUCGGGCCGGGAGCUCACGAUCAUUCUGCUGGCCGGAGUGCUCGUUUGCUAUCUGAACACCUUCCUGCUGCUCGCCACACCCACCACGGUCACCUGCAUACUACAGAGGUUCGGUGUCGGGGUCAGCUUCAGUGCUGUCUAUGGGGCACUGUUGACUAAGACCAACAGGAUCGCCAGGAUCUUUGACUCCGCUUCUAGGUCCGCUGUUAGGCCCAGGUAUAUCAGCCCUACGUCUCAGGUGUGCAUCGCUGCUGCUCUUAUUGCCUUGCAGAUCGUGCUAACGUUGGUGUGGAUGAUCAUCGAGCCCCCAGGCACCAGGUUCUCGUACCCAGACCGCAAGCAGGUGAUCCUAAAGUGCAACAUCCAGGACAUGAGCUUCCUCUUCUCCCAGUUGUACAACGCGUUGCUGAUCCUGAUCUCGACGGUGUACGCGGUGAAGACUCGCAAGAUCCCGGAGAACUUCAACGAGAGCAAGUUCAUCGGUUUCACCAUGUACACCACCUGCAUCAUCUGGCUGGCGUUCGUGCCGAUCUACUUUGGAACUGGAAACGCGCACGAGACUCAGAUCACCACGCUCUGCGUGGCGAUCAGCCUCAGUGCCUCUGUGACUCUGGUGUGUCUGUAUUCGCCGAAGGUGUACAUCAUCGUCUUUCAGCCGGAUAAGAAUAUCCGGCGGAAGGUGACCAUGGGAGACAAGUUUAAGAAGCAGGGCAGCAGCGCCGGCACGUCUUCCAUCACCAAAUACACAGGUUGCGAGUUGACCAGCGAGAGCAUGCCCCUUCAAAGCGCCUUAACAGCAGCGGUGCAGACAUCGGUGGGCGUGACGGAGAUCUCCCUAGCGUCGAACACAUCGGCGAAAACUAAUAACGAGCAAGUGGCACAACUGUAGAGAGAGAAGAAAAGAGAGAAACCACAGCACCUUGGCGGGUCGUAAUUCAAAUUUCGCAGCACCAGGGCUACCCUGGCAGCGAGCCAACCGAUAAGGAGGGAGAAUCGCGAGUGAAUGGUGGGAACGUGUGUUAAUAAAAAGGGGAUGAUAUUCUGAUCGGUCGUGGGAGAAAUGUUGUGUAGAAAAUCGAGUAUAAAGAUCGCGGAGGAUCUUUGAGCUAUACCCGUGACUAACUUCGAAGGCUAGAUCGAGAAACACGAUGGAAAACGGGUUCGUGUGUGCUAUCGUUCGUAAGUGUCCAGACUCUUUCUAACUUUCAAAUCGACUUUUCUUAGAAAUUGCUCUGAUCUUUUGAUAAAACGUACCGUUAAUUACAAAACUACUUUUUUUAAGUACUAUUACCUCUACAUUUUUCUGAAUUCGUGAGGGAAGCGUCUGGAUAUUCGCGGAACGGUGUUGUAGAUACGCUUAGAUCGACGUCGAUUAAUGUUACGAAAUGGACUAAAAACUAGGACGGAAACCUACGUUGCCUAUUAAUCUAAUAACGACAUUGAUCAUAUCGUCACUGUCGUAUUUGUUCGCUCAUUAUAUCGAGAUCAUUCGUGUCGCGAUCACUGUUGUCGUUAUUGUUACUGUUAACGGUUAUCCUCGUGAAUUACAUAUAUAUGAAUGAUACACAAACACACGCAUAUACAUAUACAUGCAUAUAGAUGAUACGUUGAUACAGAAGAAUCACUGGCACGAGUACAUCAACGCGAUAUCGCGUGACAUUUACGUUUACCAUCACGCGAUAUCGCGUGUUCACUCGUUCAAAAUUUUAAUCAUAAAAUUUGCAAUUUGAAGCUUCAGUGAGUAACCAAAUUCAACAGUUAAUUAUUCGCGACGGUGGUCGAAAGUACUGGUGCCAGGAAUUAUUCCUGUACGGUUCAAUCACGCAAAUUGUAAUUAGCUUGUUUCGAGUGACGUUCAUUGUUCACACUCGUAGAGAGAAGGAACAAACGUUUAUUACAAUUUCGCGGGAUGUAUAUAACAUGUAUAUCGUUAGAUAGGUACAUUCUCUUCGAGUUCAUUCGAUAAUUUGGUUAAGUUUGUUGCCGGGGACUGUAUCUUGCUUUACUGUUUCAAAAAGACCGCGAUCGAGGAUUCGAUCACGUAUUGUUCGAUAUAUCCGGUUCUCUAUACCGUCCCCUUCUGGUUAUCACCGUUUCAAUAAUUAGCAUGUUUCACACGAAAGAGUUGUUUUGUAAAAAAUGAUUAACAAGUAGUCAAUGAAAGAAGGUACAAUUCGACCGAUCGCUGUGCGACCCUUUUAAACGUAGCUCGCGAGAGAUAUAUAUACAUGUCUGAGGGUGGGGACAAGUGGCGGCAAAUUUGAAACUCUUCCACGAACGGUAGACAAUAAAUCGCUUUAAUCGGCGACUCAACCUGGUACGACCAAUUCACACUCGAUCUGUUCGACUCCUUCGAUUUUCAUUGUCUAAAACAUGGCUAGUACUUUUAGUUUCUAGUCGAAAACGCACGUUCAUAGAUAUUCUAGAAAGAAAUCGAAAAUUACAAUUUCAGCGGAGAUUGUAAUCUUCGAUCGUGCGGUUCGAAAAUUACGAGCGUCUCGGAAAUUUCAAAAACAAGAGUGUGAAGUUGACGCGAAUGCGUUACGCAUCGUACAAAAAAAGAUAACUUUGUAUCUUUUAUUAUAACACCGAACAUUGAAAUAGAGUUGCCCCGUCAAAAUGAACUCUUGAAUUAUUUACCAUACCACUCCUAUCCUGCUUACAAGAAAAAAAUUAAACGAUAUUCCGUGUCACGGUGAUUUAUGGAAUUAUUUUAGUGACAGAGAAAUUAGCAACGCAACGAGAAUCAAAUUAUCCCGUUCUGGAUUGCAUCCUUCAGGAGCUGUCUGCUUUUAAUUUUAAUCCGCUUCGAAGCACUCUACAAUGGUAAGAAUGCUGAGAAUUAAGAUCUUCUUGGUAAAAUAAAACAUUUUUCACUGUUCACAAAAUGGCGGCCAGUGAACAGCUGACUCAGAGUUA